AUGGUGACUAUCGAGGUGAAUAUUGAUGCGGAGGCCACGGAGAUCCUCCGGGAGGCGACGGAAGUCCUUGCGGACGCCAUCACUGGCGCCGCAAAGCACCUGGCAGCUGCCGUCUUGGCCGCCGCAGUGCCCAGUGGGGAGCUUUGGCUCCUCACGGUCCUGGGGAUGGCCAUCUCAGCUCUGCUGGUGAAGGUGACGACCUACGUCGUCACCAAGCUUUGGGUGGAGGGGUGGAGAUGCCUGGGGAGGGAGAUGAAGGCGGCUUUCGCCGGCCUUUGGGAAUUCGGUGCGUUUGUUUUGGGAGCGUGCGGGCUGUUCUGGGACUGCCUGGCCUUGGGCCGCCUUGUGGCAAAGGUCAAGACGAGCCGUGGGCCGACAGAGCCCGAGCAGUGUGGUUCGGGCGGCACGGGUUCGGGAACCGAGCUGGUGGUCUGCGAGAGGAAUGGCUCGAACCAAGCCAGCCGCCGCCGCCAAAUUUAUUCUAGGGAGCAUUUUUAUUGGGCGACCAAUGACUCUGGACCUCCUCGUGGUGUUGCCUGGGAACAGGUAUAG